AUGGUCAGCACAAAACUAUACUUUCGCACGACCUGUGUGCACAUCUUCUUCAGUCUAAUCACAGCCGGUUUGGCGACAAGCAUUGUCCAAAAUCCAUCUGGCGGAAGAAUCAGCUACCAAGCAUGGACAACGACCCAAUUCCUCACAUUUGUCGGUUGGGGUUCAUUUGCGAUAUCAGGCGUCGAAGUCUUUCUCUUCCUGUCCGGCAUCUGGCACUACUUUAUCUACCAGGACAACGUCAAGUAUUAUUUUAUCGCACAUGUCGUCUACAUGUGGACGUUUAACAUUUUCUGGCUCGCUGCUGCUGCCUCGUUGGCCAAUUCGAUUCCAGGAAAUUGUAGGAGUAUGAGUGACUGUAGUAGGACGAAAUCUCUCUCCGCCCUGACCUGGGUCACACUCGUAUUCUUUGCAGCCGCAUCAUGCAUGCUCGGCUACCAAUGGAUCUUUGGCGCUAAGCUCCAGAUUCGUCCAAACGGUCCCACUCUUCCGACGACAAACCCGAGCACCAACUCGACUGGCACAGGAUACCGACCGCCACCGACCGCCCAAGCCAAUCUCUCACGUAAACCAACCCUCCCAAAGCAAACGCCGCUGCGAAUGGUUCGGCUAAAGUGCAAUAAGAGUGAGAGUGCAGAGGACAGCUGCUUCUGUGGUUCCGAAUGCGUCCUUGCCGCUCGCGAGGGGGCACCUAAAAUCGUCCCACUUCCCCCGGCACACUACAUGUUCAGAAGGAUCCAGGAUCGCUUCUCGUCGCAGUGGCUACAUCCAACGUCGAAACCUAUCCUCCAGUACAUCUACAUGAUCGUAUCGACAGAAGACAGCGACAGGAUGUACAGAGCGUACAGAUCCGGCGUGGAAGCCGUCGGCAAUUUCGUCGAGCAAGGUCUCAAAGAGGGCAACGAGCAAUACCGAUGGCACGGCGCACCCCGUGAGUGCAAAGUCGGUGACCCCGGUAACAAGACGCUCUGCGACUCUACCUCUUGUCCACUCUGCUGCAUCAUCAAAAAGUCCUACGACGUGGACAAAUUUGGUCCACGUUGGGGUCGUUUCGGCAAGGGGAUUUACACGAGCGAUACAAGUAGCAAGAGUAACGACUAUGCGAAAAAUUUGAAAGAGUCAGAGUGGAGCGCUCUGUUGCUCAAUAAUGUCAUUGUCGGGAGAGCGUUUUCGACAAAGACGAACAAGGAUACACUCCUUCAACCGCCGCCAAAUUGCGACUCGGUGCUUGGCGUCCCCGGUGAGGAUCUCAAUUAUGACGAGACGGUGGUGUACCGAAACGACGCUAUUCGUCCUGCGUUCUUGGUCGUCUAUCUCUCGCCCGUCGUCCCUGUUGAAUCCUUCUAG